AUGGCUUCUUCAAACGGAAACAACACAUCAACAAAAAGCAACAACAAACGUAAGAGAUCAACCAUUAAAAUCAAGAAAGCAGAACAAUCAAACAAGCCCCUCGAUACCUUCUCAAAACGCAAACUAGGGCUCUUCAACAAAGUUACAGAACUAUCUAUCCUAUGCAAUGCAAAAACUGCAAUGAUCAUCACUUCACCAAACGGAAAACUCUACGUUUGUGGUUACCCUAACCCUAACACCGUCAUUAAACACUUUCUCGAUAGGGAAAACCCAGUCAUCGACGCUGACAAAAGGAAGCAGGAUCAUGAGGGCGUAGUUGAAACCUUAAGGUUUCAACAUGAGGCAAUUGAAGAACGGCUGAAAGAAGAGAAUAAUUAUUUAGAAGGUGUAAAAGAGAGAAACAAGAGUAGUUCAUGUUUUUCUUGCUGGUGGGGUCAUUCUAUUGAUGAUAUGGCUUUGGAAUCUCUUGAGCAAUUUAAGACUUCUUUGGUAAAAUUGAAGCUUAAUUUAGAUGCAUCCUUGCAAGGCAAAAAUAUUCAUAUAACUACUCAAUCUUGA